AUGAAUGCUUUACGGAAAAACACACUAGUCGUCGAUUUGAGCGUUCUUCCCGUUCGACCGAGUGCGGGAAUCAUAAAACAAUUUCUCGAUGAGAAACUGAAGCUGGACAUAGGUUCUGUGAAGAACCUUCAGCUACACACCAUCCGUAAAUGCGUGCUCAUCGAGAUGUGUAGUUUGGAAGCAGCGGAAAAGCUGGCUUCGGCCCACCAUCUCAAGCAUUUAAUUGUUGCUGAGCAGAAGAGCUUCAACAUUCCCGUUUACAUCGAGGACAGUGCAAUUAACGUACGUAUCCACGACCUUCCACCCGCUGUACCGAAUGCAGUUGUUGCUGAACAUAUGCAGCAGUACGGAAAAGUGAAGUCAGUAGCGCGAGAACUUUGGAAAAAGUUUUUUCCCGGAGUUCCAAACGGCGUUCGUGUGGUGAGGAUCGAGCUCGCCAAGCAUGUGCCGUCUUUCGUUCGAAUAUCGGAUCACAUCACGACGGUUACCUACCGUUCACAAAUUGCUACCUGUCGCCAGUGUCAGCGCAAAGCACAUCCCGGUAAAAAGUGCUCCGAAGACAAAGGGGGGCACACAGUCAACCAACAGCCACCGAUCGCACACAAUGAGGCUGACAACCAGAUGGAUGUUACAAGCGAAUUGGAUCAACAGCGAGAUCAACAGAAAAAGCGUUCCGUGAGCAGUACUGUCGCAUCGUCCGUAAAAUCGCCGCCGAGGAAAAAACAAGUCACGCGUGGGAUUGAACACGAUCGUCAAACGACAGCAGCUGAGCCGAUAGAGGGUAAUCGAGAAACCGACAAGAAGGAAGACGAAAUUGUAUCACAUGACGACAGCGAUUCAGACUCCGGCCCAGAUCCAUCAUAUGAUGACGUCGACGCUUGGGAAGGAUUCCGGCCGAUGUCGGUCACUACAUCUGGCGACGAGGAGAAAGACGAAAAACGGGAAAAGUCUUCUGAAGAAAUCAAUGAAGCACUCAGCGACACGCCUGGGGAUGUUAUCGACUUUAACCUGUUCAGAAUCUCCGAUAGUCAAGUCAAUUCCGCCAUUGAUAAGACAAAACUCUCCUAUUCCGCCGGGCCGGAUCAGAUACCAUCCUGCGUAUUGAAGAAAUGUUCCAAUGCUUUCAUUAGGCCGCUUGUUUUACUGUUCAAUGCAUCCUUACAGCAACGUAAAUUCCCGACUGCCUGGAAGCUGUCAGAGUUGUUCCCUGUUCACAAGAAAGGAGAUAAGUCUAACAUUGAGAACUAUCGCGGUAUUACCUCGUUAUGCUCCACUUCGAAAGUUUUUGAAAUAAUCAUUAACGAUGCGCUUUUCUUCUCCUGUCGAAACUACAUUUCGACGGACCAACACGGCUUUUUACCUAAACGUUCAGUCUCUACUAACUUGGUGAACUUUGUUUCAAGUUGCCUCAAAAGCAUGGACUCCGGAUAUCAAAUAGAUGCUGUUUACACCGAUCUGAAGGCUGCGUUUGAUCGGGUUGACCAUGGCAUCCUACUUAGAAGGCUCGAAAGAAUUGGAAUGUCGACUCCGUUGGUCUGCUGGUUCAGAUCCUACCUUACGGAACGGACGGUGUGUGUAAAAAUUGGCUCAGAAAAAUCGGAGAUAUUCAGCAAUACUUCUGGAGUUCCUCAGGGGAGCAAUCUCGGUCCUUUGCUCUUCGUUAUUUUUAUCAACGAAAUUGCUGAACUUCUGCCACCGGGAUGCCGCGUAUUUUAUGCCGACGACGUUAAAAUCUUCAUGGUGAUCAAAUCGUUUGUCGAGUGUUUGGAACUCCAAAAUCAAAUUAGCGAUUUUCAAGCAUGGUGCUCUCGGAACUUUCUAACACUUAGCGUAGAGAAAUGUUUCGUCAUUUCCUUUCAUCGGAAGCUCAGACCGGUGAUAUUCAACUACCAACUGGAUGGAGUACUGCUGCAACGAGUUGAACAAGUUCGAGACCUAGGCGUUACUUUAGACAGUGCACUCACGUUCAAAGCCCACUAUACCGAAAUUAUCACCAAAGCCAACAAACAGCUUGGGUUUACGCUCAAAAUUUCCAGUGAUUUUCAUGACCCAACAUGCUUACGUUCACUGUUUUGUUCACUUGUUCGCUCUAUUCUGGAAUUUGGCCUUGUCGUAUGGUGCCCGUAUCACGCUAAUUGGAUAGCACGUAUUGAUGCAGUUCAAAAGAAAUUCGUGAAACAUGCACUCCGGAAUCUUCCGUGGCGCGAUCCUUCGAAUCUCCCUCCUUAUGAAGACCGCUGUCGCCUUCUUGGUCUGAAUACAUUAGAACGGAGGCGCUUCAAUGCCCAAGCUGUUUUUGUUGCGAAGAUAUUGAAAGGCGAAAUAGAUUCUCCAGCGAUUCUUGAACAAAUUAAUCUGUACGCUCCUGAGAGAGUACUUCGACAGCGUGAAUUCCUCCAGCUUGAUACACGGAAUGUACAAUACGGUGAACAUGACCCAAUUCGAUAUAUGUGCUCUUCUUUUAAUGCAGUGUUUGAUCUCUUUGAUUUUAAUUUGUCUUCAAGUAGUUUUAAAUUUCUGUUGUCGCAGAGACGUUAAAAUGAUACAAUUGUUAAUUGUUAAUUUUAAAUUGUGUUGUGUAUAUCGUGGUAUAGUUAGUUAUAUUUGUAGUAGUUUCUAUAUUCAUUAAGACCAAUGUAGCGUCAGAUGAGUUAAUAAAUAAAUAAAUAAAUAAAUAAAUAAAU